AUGUCAUUGUAUGCCCCCAUUUGCGACGACCAAGUCUUUCAGCUUGAUCAACAAGAGAACGGUUUAACCUCAAACAACAACGAUACUCAUGUUGUUGAUCAACAUGGCACUGGUGCCCGCCCACUACCUACCAUGAGUACAUUCCCAUCGACCACCAACCCUGAUCCACCACUUGUGUGGCAACAAGGGUCCGGACCCCGAUCGAACUACCAACCCAGACGCCAAACCCAUAGAGAUUGUACCCACUCAACAGUCGUGCGCUUCCAUGACGACAAUUUUGUCUGCCCGAACUGUCUCUGCGAGCCGAUCGAGGGUUAUGUCUACCAUUGUGUCGAGGAUCUUGAGCUCAGGUUGAGCAACGCCAUUUUCGAGGACAACUUUGUCGCCUGGGAUGAACUUGGAGAAGGACUUGCCAAGCUCGUCAAGCCGCCUGCAAGAGGCCCGGAUCGAAGAGCAACGGCAGACAGGGAAACCAUCCUCUCAGAGAUCAAGGCAGAGCAGAGGGCCGGUUAUACAGAAGAACAAAUCGAGAGGCUGGUUGCCCAAAGAAAGCAGGCCCUUGAAGCAGCCAGAGCGUCUGUAGCACAGGCUGGAAAUACUUCAGGAAAGCCUUGGGUGUUAUCACCUAGGCAAGAGUGCGAGAUGGAGUUCUGCCACAGCUGCCGCCCCUACUUUGCUGAAAGGAGUUACCUGAGUCUGAACGGUAUUGUCAAUGGAGACGUGCCGGCAACUGCAGCACUGGGAUUUGGAUUUCAUGCGUACUCCUCUCGACCUCUAUAUGACCCAAACGUCGCUAGGAACCUUGGUCUUCGACGCCCUCCCGAACCCUUUCCAGCAAGUCAUACACAAUUCAAUCUUAUGGACCUAAUCCAGUCACAUCUGAAUCAGCUCAGUACGUACCCAACACCUCAACAAAACUUUGACUUCCAACACAGCCAUGCCAUGGGAUUCCCUAUUGGCCCAAUUGCCAAUGGAAGUCACGAGCCCAAUGCUAGUGGCUUCUUUGGUUGUGAGGUAGUCCGGCCGCCUUGGACCCCUCCACCAACGCCGCCUCUAGCGGAGUGCAACGACCAAGGUGGAAAUAUUGGCAGCAGCACCGUCAUUCCCCACGAUGGCCGAAGCCCUCUUUCCAUCAGGGGCAACUCAUUUGUGCGACAGCAAGUCUUCCAGACCGUACCAGGUGGCAUCGCCCACAGCUCCGCCGAUGACCUGAACAAAAAGAUACCUCGGAACUUGCCGGCUUGUAUUUUCAAACAAGAUCAGCUCAAGUACCUGACAGAGGAAGCUUGCGAUGUAGGCCUCGGCCUGCCUUUCAGCCAAGAGGAAUAUAACACUGCCUGUUUGACAAUGUUACCCCCACCUGAUUCGGAGGAGGUGUUUGGUCUCAAGGACAGUGAUAUCAGGCCUGCCAACACCAUGUAUCUGAAAGAUCUUGACCUUGAUCAUGACUUGCGCCCAAAAACAAAUAUGGAGCGUAUAGAGGAGGAAGAAGGACACUUUGGCGAAAGCCCUCUCCAAGUAGCAGAUGGAAUUGCACUCACGGAGGAGGCGGUGCAGACUGGAACCCCGGACAUUGUUAUCUGA